CUUGCCGCAGCAGCCCACUUCGAGUUUGAUUUUGACCCCGCCUAUGCGCCAGAGGCUCUUGUCAAAGUGGUAGACACCGACUAUUUUAGUAAUCGGGACGUCGGGCAGCGGGUACCAGGUUCCGGCGACGACACUUAUGGCAGCGCAAAUCUGCGCCAGCCGGUUGAGUUCCCACAAACUGAUGGGUCGCUACCCCGGCGUCCGUGGGUACAGGGCUCUGGUGAGGGCGCCAGGUACGAGUUUGCGUUCCGCGCCCCCAUUCUUGCGACGUACUUUUCUCCCGCCGCGCCGCUCGCUGGGGUCCAGUUUGUCUUUCACGUUCGUAGGGGCGAGGUGUGGAACUUCUUUACCGUGCAGGUUCCCCGUAAACUGAUGCUUGACGCCCAGCUAACCGCGCAGCUUCCUUUUCCAAUGGCGGACCGCGACUCGUUUACAAAUGCCAAUGAUGACAAAGUGUGCGUCAAGUAUCAUUCCCUGCAGUCCGACGGCUACCAUUCCGGAAACAGGGGCCCAGGUGGAGCUUGGCACACCCCGGAGAGCCGCUUGCGCGCGGGGCACCGCUACCGCGUCGUCAAGGCCGACCGACCCAUGCCGAAACGCCCGGGCGAGGCCGCUCCUGCCACCCCGCCCAACACAAACCAAGCGUCAGCUCGCAAAGCUAACUACGGCCACCAGUGCAGUCACGCCCACGACGGAUUGUGGUCUGGGCCUAUAUCCUGAAUAAAAAUUUUACCAUCACCCCGCCCGCAUCAGUCUCAACUUGUCACGCGCUAUGGCUCUGUGGUAUCCUAUCACGCAUUAUGACAGACAUAUCGAAUUGCAUCAGUUAAAUUUGAAGAUGCAAAUGGAGGGUGAGGUUAUUUUAUUCAGGAUGCGCGUGCAACGAGCCCGAUUUGCAGAACUUAUUGGAUACCAAUAAUUUACCGGAAGAUGGCCCAGAUACCUAUCCAAGAAAAAGACUGCGCAGUUUAUAAUGUAAUCCUUCGGCUGACGCUGACCGCAGGACAGAUUCUGUUUCUGUUCGCAUGACAAGAAAAGCUGCUGUGACAGCACGUCCACCCUGACAAGUGUGGCUGUCUUUAUUUCAUGUUAAUAUCCAUAGAGGAUGAUUUACAGAACUGAAUGCUUUUUUUUUCUUGGAUAGCAACACUCCACGGUCCAUCGUCGCGACGGAGUUGGACCUCCAGAUUCCGGGCGGCUGCGUCCUCGGAGACGGAACUCCGUGCAACACCGGCGACAACCUGAUUCCUAACGAUGUGACCCGCAUUCGCUCUACCAUCUGCCUCGUCGGCGUCACUGAGUGGAUGCUCCUGCGAGCGCAGCUGCAGCAAAUCUUCCAGGCCCACGGAACGGUAAGUGGAACCGGGGAGACGGAAUUGGGGCUCCGCGCAAUGAUGGACAAUUUGCGGGACGUUGGCACCAACGUGUCGCCCCACUUCGCGGAUUGCGUGGGCAGCUUCAACGCGAUGGUCACGGAUCAGGCCUGGGGAAAUGUUUGA